AUGCCUGGAACUCCCGUUACUUUAACACCAGCAACACCACCUCCUCCCAAAGGAUGUGAACUACUACGUGAAAAUGUUUAUGAGUCGGCUCGCCUUGCUGACGUGGACGAAGUCCGCCUGCGACGUAAACCAACCAUGACCCAUCGUGAAGAUCAACUUGUGGCCCCUUUAACUUCUGAAGUUAAAAAAUAUACUGUGGUUUUAGAUUUGGAUGAAACAGUGGUUUAUGCACGUGAAGGUCCUUUAUACGCUCGUGCAUAUUUAAGAGAAUUACUUCGUUCUAUAAAGGAUGAUUUUGAAGUUAUUGUUUGGACAGCUGGUGAAAGAGAAUAUGCCAAAAAUAUUUUGGAGGAAAUUAAUGAAGACUGUAUCAUUCAACAUCUCAUUUACCGCCAUAAAACAUGGUUUUCAACAGAUGAUUAUACAAAAGAUCUUAAAAAACUGGGUAGGGAUAUUAAUUAUGUUAUUAUUGUAGAAAAUACCCCAGAUUGUGUUCGAGCAAAUCCUAAAAAUAGUAUUAUUGUUGAAGAUUUUGAAGUUCCAGGAACUCCAACCCCUUCUCAAGAAAAGGAAAUGAAUUUACAAGAUAGUGAAAGUACGGUUGGUCCGAUAACACCCUCUUCUACAGUGAUGAAACCAAAGCGUCAAUUCACAGAUCGUACACUUCUUUUACUUCAAGAAGUCCUCUUAGAUUUGUCUGCGAGCGGUGAAAGUGUUCCAGAAUUCCUUUCUAGAUGCCCACUUCUUACACAACAGGUGAUUCUUGGUUCAGAUGGCAAGGGUAUUCCUACGUAUUUUCUCGGUAAGCGUCGUAAGCGCGGAGCGCCACCCAGCACUUCAAUGACACCACUACUAAAACGCAUCCCCCGUCCAGAAGGUAGAAAAAGAACGGAUACGACACCAAUGCGCUCUCGUAAAGAAAAAACUGCGUUAGCGGAACAGGACCCACCAGAGGAUUAA